CCGACGGCCGCAGCAUGACGGGCAAAGCGGGCGCGGCGCUGGCCCCCAGCCUGCCCGGCAAGCCCAAGCCCGACGGCGCGGCCGCCGCCACCCCGCCACCACCUCCUCCGGCCCCCUCCGCGGCGGGGGCCAAGCCCAGCUCCGGGCCCACCCCUCCCCGCUGCACCGGUUUCGGCAUCCAGGAGAUCCUGGGCUUGAACAAGGAGCCGCCGUCGCACCCGCGGGCCGCCCUGGACUCGCUGCCCGCCGGGCACCUGCUGGCGGCCCGCUCCGUGCUCAGCCCCGCCGGGGUGGGCGGCGUGGGCAUGGGGCUGCUGGGGGCCGGCGGCAUCCCCGGCUUCUACACGCAGCCCACCUUCCUGGAGGUGCUCUCCGACCCCCAGAGCGUCCACCUGCAGCCGCUGGCCCGGGCCCCCGGGCAGCUGGACAGCAGCCAAACGGCCAGCUCAGAUUCCGAAGAUGUCUCCUCCAGCGACCGGAAAAUGUCCAAAUCCUCCCUCAGCCAGAGCAAGAAACGAAAGAAGAGGCGGCACAGGACAAUCUUCACAUCCUACCAACUGGAGGAGCUGGAAAAGGCCUUCAAUGAGGCCCACUACCCUGACGUGUAUGCUAGAGAGAUGUUGGCCAUGAAAACAGAGUUGCCAGAAGACAGGAUACAGGUUUGGUUCCAGAACCGCCGGGCCAAGUGGAGGAAGCGGGAGAAGUGCUGGGGCCGGAGCAGCGUGAUGGCCGAGUACGGGCUCUACGGCGCCAUGGUGCGUCACUCCAUCCCGCUGCCCGAGUCCAUCCUCAAGUCGGCCAAGGAUGGCAUCAUGGAGUCCUGCGCACCCUGGCUCCUGGGGAUGCACAAAAAGUCUCUGGAAGCAGCAGCUGAGGCGGGGAGGAAGACGGAGGUGGAGCGCCAGGCCCUGCCCAAGCUUGACAAGGGUGACAAGGAAGAGAGGGGCCCAGAUCCCAAAACCGCCAUUUCCCAGGAGGAACUGAGAGAAAACAGCAUUGCCGCCCUCAGGGCCAAAGCUCAGGAGCACAGCACCAAAGUCCUGGGGACCAUCGCUGGGGACACCCCCAGGAAGCCAGAGAAAGGGGAGGAGGCGGUGGAGGACGAGAGGCAGACGGAGAAGUCCAGUGUGUUGCAGAAGGAGGAGAAGCUGAUCUAAGGGGGGCAGAGGUGGCAGGAGACAGCCCCAACAGACACUUGUCCUCCAGGGGCUGAAGCCCCCUCUGAUGGCCAGGCCCCCCCUGUUGCCCCCUCCUGGGGCAUGGGGCCCAGCCUCUGUGCAUGGGGCAGUCCCUAGGGUCACUCCCCUGAAGCACAUCCCUGCCCCUCGCUCCUCUGCCCCCAGGGCCUCCCUCACCCCUGCCCC